AUGACCGUCCAGUUUGGCUCCAACGAGGGCACCGCCCUUUCGGCGAGUGAACUUCAUCCAGUGACCAAACUGUUUGCUGAGUUCAUCGCCAACGCUGAGCCCUCGAUCCUCCCACCCACUCUCAUUUCUCGACUAAAGGAAUACUUCUUGGAUUACCUUGGGGUUACGAUUGCUGCAUCACACGAGUGGGAGUCCACGGAAAAGAUCGUUCACGGCAUCGUUGCCCUGGGCGCCCGGAACGGAUCUAGCACUGUUCCACUCAAAGGCAGCAACUUCCUACCCCAGUACGCAGGAUUGUUAAAUGCCACCUUUGGUCACACUAUGGACUUUGACGACACCUACGCACUCGGCACCUUGCAUGCUGGAACCUGUGCUUGGCCUGCAGCUCUCACUCAGGCGGAACUUCUUGGCAGCGAGGGCGCUACCAGCGAGCAGUUUCUCCUGGCUGCCGCCGUAGGUUAUGAAAUCAUUUGUCGCUUGGGAGGAAAACUUCGGAACGAUGCCUACGAGAGAGGCUUCCAUAACACGGCCACCGCGGGCAUAUUUGGUGCGGUUGCCGCGAUAUCGGUUCUGAAGCGACUCUGUGCCUCAACCAUCGAAACCGCUUUUGGGUUAGCCCUGUCAAAGGCCGCUGGGUCAAUGCAGUAUUUGGAGAAUGGAAGCUGGAACAAGCGGGUUCAUCCGGGAUUCGCCGUUCACGACGCUUUCGUCUGUGUAUCUCUUGCCGAAGCUGGCGUCGUGGGGGCGGCUAGAAGCAUCGAGGGCAAGUAUGGAUUUCUGCACAGCUACACUCCGCGAACUGGCCACGAUCUACCGUCCCUCACGGCUGACCUUGGAGUGCGCUGGGACUUCUUGAAGACGGCCUUGAAGCCGUAUCCGGCUUGCAGAAUGACGCACGGCCUGAUCGAGGUGGGAGGAAGCAUUGGCCUCCAGAACAAGGGUCGCGAGGUCAAGAGGAUGAUCAUUUCUCUGAGCUCACCCAAUCACCUAGUGGUGGGGUCACGAAUUCCAAACAAGCUGCACCCCGACAACAUCGUCGAUGCUCAGUUCUCCGCAUAUUUUCAGCUGGCCCAUGCUUGGCUCCAUGGACCUGAAACUGGAGUUGAGUUUGCAAAACGGCUCGAAGAUGAGUCCAUUCACAUCUUGUCGGACAACAUAGAAUGCAUCACCGACGACACGGUCACGGCAAUGGGUAGUAAGCUGCACAUUGAGUAUGCAGAUGGGGAGAGCCAGGAUGUAGACAUACCUUUCCCCUUGGGCGAACCAGAGCACCCAUUCAACCGAGAGCAGGCGGAGGCCAAGUAUUUUAGCCUCGUGGUUCCGGUGUUGGGAAAAGAGAAGGCUCGGGAAAUCAAGGCCCUGGUUGAGGAGUUGGAGGAAAGUUCAGUGGUAAAGCUAUUGCACAUGAUCGCAUAA